CCUACAAGAGUCAAACAUCAAGCUAUUGCAACUGCUGAUCUGAGUAGGACCUUUCAGGACCGGACUCUUUCCUGACACCCGCACCAGAGAGGGAAGGAAGAUGACCACUGAGGGCAAAGUUAUUAAAUGCAAAGCAGCCAUCGCAUGGGAAGCAGGGAAACCUUUGUCUGUUGAGGAAAUUGAAGUGUCUCCCCCAAAAGAUCAUGAAGUUAGAGUUAAGAUUGUUGCCACUGGCGUGUGCCGCACAGAUGAACAUGCUAUCAAUCCUAGCUUUAAGGAGGGUGUUUUCCCAGUGAUCCUGGGCCAUGAGGGAGCUGGAAUAGUGGAGAGCAUUGGACAAGGAGUUUCUAAAUUUAAACCAGGUGACAAGGUUAUUCCCCUCUACAUGCCUCAGUGUGGCCACUGCAAGUUCUGUUUGAACCCUAAGACCAACCUUUGUGAGAAGAUCAGCAAGAUUAAAACACCUAUUUCGGAUCAAGAGGUGAUGUCUGAUGGAACUAGUAGAUUCACUUGCAAAGGGAAGCCAAUUUACCACUUUAUGGGGACCAGCACCUUCUCGGAGUACACUGUUGUGUCAGAAAGCUCUCUUGCCAAAAUUGAUGCUGCUGCUCCUCUGGACAAAGUCUGUCUGAUUGGCUGUGGAUUUUCCACUGGCUAUGGAGCUGCCAUCAAUACCGCACAGGUUGAGCCUGGUUCCACCUGUGCUGUCUUUGGCUUGGGAGGCGUUGGCCUUUCGGCUGUCAUGGGCUGUAAAGCUGCUGGAGCUUCUAAAAUCUUCGGGAUUGACAUCAACAAAGACAAAUUUCCACUAGCUAAAAAACUGGGAGCAACUGACUGCCUUAACCCUCAAGAUAUCAGAAAGCCCGUUCAGGAGAUUAUAGCUGAAAUGACAAAUGGUGGUGUGGAUUUUGCCAUUGAGUGUAUUGGUAAUCCUGAUGUCAUGAAAGCUGCCUUUGAAAGCACUACAGUGGGAUGGGGAACAUGUGUGAUCGUUGGAGUGGCUGUGGGUGAGCAAUCGAUCCCCUUUUCUCCAAUGCAGUUGAUAAUGGGACGGAAAAUAAAAGCCACCUUCUUUGGAGGUUAGAAGAGCGUGAAGAGCGUACCAAAGCUGGUAUCUGAUUAUAUGGCAAAGAAAUUUGAUUUGGAUGCCUUGGUGUCACAUACUCUGCCAUUGGACAAAAUCAAUGAUGCUUUUGACCUUAUGAACGCAGGAAAGAGCAACCGAACGAUCCUGGUUUUCUAAGGAUUGAGCAGAAAUUUUUGAAGACGCUUAUUUGAACUUAAGAUUUAUUUUUGGCAUGCCUCUUUAUGCAGUAAAUUGUUAAUUCUCUCAAUACAUAUCUAAGGAAUGCAGCCCCCGCAAACAUGGAAUGGUUAAUAGUGAAAAGUCAUAAUGGACAGUAGCUAGUAUAACAUUAUUUAAAGCACAUUAUACAAAUCAGCAUGUAACUGUUUUUUGUCAUCAGGUAAGUAACAUUUAUACAUGCAUACAUGGAUGCGGUUUCAUUUUUACUCAUGACCUUUUCCAAAUAUUGUUGUACUUUUUAAUAUAUAUUCAGCACCAAGUCCCAUAGCGUAUUAUAGCACAACCAUGCAAAACCUUCCCCAGAGAACAGGACGGUCAUUUUGAGCAGACCAUUCUGCUAAAAAGACACUUCAUAUGGAGCAGAACUUUGGACCCGCAAGACUAAUGCCUUUUGACCUCUUUUGAGCAACUCGUAGCCCAGCCCACAGCCAAUACGUGUCCUUUGGACUUACUGUGAACCCCUCACAGGAUCACCCAUUACAAAGCACAUCAUGAACACACUAACAAGUCACAAGAGGUUAACAAACUCCACCUUGUCAGCCAAUUUGCAGUGACUCCUGCACAUAGAAGUUACCUUGCCCCGCUAUAAAAGUUUACUAUAAGUCUGUUAAUUACUUUCUAAGUGAAAAAGAAUAAGACUAUAGGUAAUGAGGUGACACCAAAAGAAUGCUUCCCAUUGUAAGCAAGUUCUAUACUUCCCUAUCUAGAAAAUACUAGAAGCACCUCCCAAAGAACAGUGUGUGUCCCAAAUCCUGCAAAUAUGUAUGAACAGCCUUAAUUUUAUAUUAGUUAGUGAUCUCAAAAAAAGUUGUCAAUCUGAUAACUCUGUAGUAAAUAUAGACACAGAAAUAGAUUUGUGGAAAAAAAUUAUACAUUAACACCACACUAAUAUCUUAUAAACAAACCACUUCUCCGUCUGUAUCACCGUGCAUUACUUCCAAGUUUUGCUAAUUUGACUGAUUUAUUUUCAAGAAAAAAAUCUAAACCAUGAUUAAACAAAGUUUGAUUGUUACAAAGUAACUCUGCCUUAAGUCAAUUAUAACAUGCAUUUUACCAGCUAUUUAAAACUUUUUCCAUUUGACAAAUUGUGGAAAUACAUCUGAUUACAGUGAAGUUACAAGUUCUUUCAUUAUUGCAGUGCCAGCAAGUGCUUAUUUUUCACUACUUUGUCUGUAGGCUGUUGCUCAACUUUCUGAACAUGCAGGAAGAGUUGGUUUUUUGAAAGAUCAAGCAUUUGUUUCUAGCAGGCAUCUCCAGCAGGUUUGCUGUGUGCAGAGCGAUAGGCGCGUGCAGCUGCCACCUUCACUGAAAAUUCUGCAAUCUUAAUCUCUAUGGUCUGCUAUCAUCCACUGCCAGGUGGGAUGCUAAAGAAGCUGUUCAGUUGCCCUUUCCUUUGAGCCAACAAAUAUGUUACUGCUAACUUUCCACCAACUUGGAGAUUGUCCUGCCGUUUUGAUAUUGAUCACUGACUAGGCAAGACUCUCAAUCCCAGCAGAUAAUUACAGAGCGCCUCAAUUUUU